CGUUUCAUAAAUAUUAGGGAAAUAUUAUUGUUAAAAUAAUAAUGUUUUGAAAAUAAAAUUUGGAAAAAAAUUCUAUAGAAAUCCUAUAUCACGAGAAAAAAAAUGGUUUUUGAAAAUUUUGAAAUGGUAUUCUACCGGCAUAACAACAUUUUAAAGGAUAUCUUUGAGCAGCACGUAUUUCCAGAUAUUAAGUUUUGCUUUAGCGAUGGUGAUUUUCUUUUUGCACAUCAAGCAAUUUUAGCUAUGAAUAGUGAAUUUUUCAAAAAAUUUUUAAAAUAUAUUCCCGAAACGUCAGAGACAUUAAAAACACUAAUCCUUCCAGAUAUAAGUAAAAAUAUUAUGCAAAAGAUAUUGCAUUAUUUGUAUACAGGCGAAGUUCAAUUAAAUCUUGAAGAAAUUGCAAGUUUUAUUGAAACAAAAAUAUUUUUUGGCAUAAACGAUGAGAUCUCUCACAAGUGUAUUAUUGGAGAUGAAAAGCAUAAUGAAACUUCAAUUUUUGAACCAUCAGAUUUACAUAAAGAUUUACACAAGGACAUUCAUGACAAAAAACCGAUUAAAAAAAAAUACCUAAAGGAGAAUUAUAGAAAACGAAAAGUAGAAUACAAAGAUGCGUGUCAAAUUCAACCAACGGAAAAUCUCUUUCCGCGUGAUAGCCAAAUCAUGAACUACAAACUUUGUGAAGUUCAAAGUGAAAACUCUAGAAAUUCAUCAGUUUAUAAUUUGGAAUGUGAUUCUUUAGAAGAAAAUAAUCAUAAUGACUCUGUUGAUUGUUAUGAUUAUACUUUAAAAAAUCCAAAAUGUUUUUCGGUAGAUGAAAUCGAAAUAGAUGAAAUUACGAGAAAUUCUGAACAAACCUGUAAUUUUGAAGGAAAUGAAGAAAACAACAUAAUGGAACAACGUAAAAUUUUAGUUGAAGAAGCUGUAAAACAAAUUCUUGAAAAUGGUGUAAGCAUAACAAGCGCCUCAAAAAAUUUUAAUAUACCAAAAACACUUUUGUGGCGAAAAGUAAAAAAUGAUCCGGAAUAUAAAAUAAAAAGUGAAAAAUUAUUUGGUAAAAGAAACACAAAAGAAAUAUUGUCUGAAUUAUGUGAUCGUUUAAAAAACGGUGAAAAGCUUAUAAACAUCAGUAAAAUUUUGAGGGUGCCAUUAUCAACAUUGCAUUGGUAUAAAAAACGUUUAUUAACAGCAGGUUUACUUCCGGAAAAUUUCAUGUCAACACGACAAACUUUAAGAAAUGAUAGUAGAAAAAAGAAAAGUCUAGAAAAAGCAAUUGAAGCUUGUAAAAGAGGUAUGGUACAAAAUAAAGCUGCUAUAAGAUUUAAUGUCUCUAAAGCAACUCUUUCUCGACGAAUGAAGAAUUUAAUGCAAAAUGAAUAAAUUAUCAAUUUAAACGCUUUAGUU